CAUGUCCACCACCAUUUACCAAGUGGUGGGUUUCCUCCUGUCCAUCCUGGGACUGGCAGGCUGCAUCGCCGCCACAGGGAUGGACAUGUGGAGUACCCAGGACCUGUACGACAACCCUGUCACCUCUGUGUUCCAGUACGAAGGGCUCUGGAGAAGCUGUGUGAGGCAGAGCUCAGGGUUCACCGAAUGUCGGCCCUACUUCACCAUCCUGGGCCUUCCAGCCAUGUUGCAGGCAGUGCGAGCCCUGAUGAUCGUGGGCAUUGUCCUGGGUGCCAUUGGCCUCCUGGUAUCCAUCUUCGCCCUGAAGUGCAUCCGCAUGGGCAGCAUGGAGGACUCUGCCAAAGCCAACAUGACACUGACCUCUGGGAUCAUGUUCAUUAUCUCAGGUCUUUGUGCAAUUGCUGGAGUAUCUGUGUUUGCCAACAUGCUGGUUACUGACUUCUGGAUGUCUACAGCUAACAUGUACACUGGUAUGGGUGGGAUGGUGCAGACAAUACAGAACAGGUACACCUUUGGUUCAGCUCUGUUUGUGGGCUGGGUUGCUGGAGGCCUCACGCUGAUCGGGGGUGUGAUGAUGUGCAUUGCCUGCCGGGGCCUGAUGCCAGAGGAAACCAACUACAAAGGUGUGGCUUACCAUACCUCAAGCCACAAUGUCACAUAUAAGUCUGGAGGCUUCAAGGCCAGCACUGGCUUUGGGUCCAAUGCCAAAAACAAGAAGAUAUACAAUGGGGAGGCCCGCACGGAGGACGAGAUGCAAUCUCACCCUUCCAAGUAUGACUAUGUGUAGUGCUUCAAGACAACUCAGCA